AUGGUAUACAGCUCAAACAGAAGUAUCCAGGCUGCCAACAUAUUCUUCUCCUCUGGGGCCAUAGUUCUCUUGGUAGUAGGACUCACCAUGGAAAACUGGGUGGAAUUGGUUCCCAAAGUGAAAAAGGAUAAGAUGAACCACAGUCCAUGGAUGGGAUGCUGUCCUCCUUUCUGGCCUGAAGAGAGCCUGAAUAUGAUCCAGCGCUCGAUGAGGGUGACUCUCAACAUGUCCAUCUAUAUAAACUUGAUCAUAGGUCUGCAGUUCACCUUUAUGAUUCCUCAGAAUAAGUGUAUACACCUCUUUGUUGGCUUCCUGAGCUUCGUCACAGGUUGCAUUUUGUUCUAUGCAAUCACUGUGUAUCAUCACAAGCUUAGAAAAGGUCAACAUGUGUACUUCACUAAUUACAAGAUCAAAUGGAUGACUUUCACUGUCUACUUAACCAUUGCCCUGUUUCUUUCCUGUGGUAUCUUCUGUUUCAUCCAGUGCACAAAUAGUUGUGCCUGCUUAAAAUUCUGUAUACACCCAGAAGGAAGUAGUGGCAAAAAACUGUCUGGAAGUUCAAUUCAAGUCAUUUCACUUCCAGAGCGCACCAUAAUGCCUCGGAGCAUCGUCCAUGUGCACUCUGUGACCUCAAAGGAUGGUAACAUAGUAAGACCACAUAUCCAAGGACGUCGUGUAACCUGGGCUCUAUGA